UGGAUCUUUGGAGCUCACUCUCCAGUCAUAGGAUUUUCACCGUCUUCGAGCGUGGAGUUUGUUCCUGUUUUUCCCCCUGUCUACACGUCCACGGUUCCGCCUCACGCUGGGAAAAGCUGGAUGGAUAAAAGGCUGCCCAGCUGCAAAAUAUACUUGAAUAAUGCGUUUGCCCUGGACUCGCUGUGGAUACAUCCUGAGGAAUCCAGGCUCUUCCAGGGCACUGAGAAACCUCUGCUAAUGACAAAUCACGUAGCCAUGGCUAUAGCCAGGCCAGCUGCUGCCUCCAGGCCUCUUCCCACAGUGGUGUUGGCACCUCAGCUGAUACCAGGUGGCUGCCAGAAUAGCCUUAAACCUCUCGGGGGCAACCAGACCCUGGCGUUGGCCACCACAGCCACCACUGCCAUGGUGUCGGUGGAGCCUGAAGCUCCUCAAGGACCUUCGGUGCCCAGCGUCCAGCCCUGCCACCUGCUGACCUUCUCCCCCAUCAGAAUCCCACUCCUGGCUUCACCUUUUCCAGGUUCUGCCCCCAGGAUGGAUGCUCACGUGGGUCCGUUGAUGCCAGCACAGGUCACCCGAGUCACGGCGGUGGCUGCGCCGGCCGUGACCUUCAUGGCCACCAACCUGAUGGACCAGACCUUAGCAG